GGGCGUGCGCGCUGACGUCACGCCGCGGCCUCUUUAGGCGCCCGCCCACGGCCGCUCGGCCUCUUGUCUAAUCCGCGCCACAGCAGCAGGGCCGCCCAGGCUGAGUGUGGGUAUCUUAAUACGCCUCACCAUGAUCAUCUACAAGGACAUCCUCACCGGGGACGAGAUGUUCUCGGACAUCUACAAGAUCAAGGAGACGGCGGACGGCGCCUGCUUCGAGGUGGAAGGCACGAUGGUGUCCCGGGUGGAAGGCGACAUCGACGACGCGGUCUUUGGCGGAAACGCUUCGGCAGAGGGGGGAGAAUUUGAUUCGUCGGAGUCGUCCACAGUGUCCGGCGUGGACAUCGUGCUCAACCACAAACUGCAGGAGACCAGCUUCAGCAAGGAGAAGUACAUCGCCUACAUCAAGGCCUACAUGAAGACGAUUAAGGAAAACCUGAUGGAGAAACACCCGGAGAAGGUGGAACCCUUCAUGACUGCUGCUGCCAAGAAGGUUAAAGAUGUCUUAAAGCAAUUCAAGGAUUUCCAGUUUUUCACAGGUGAGAGCAUGAACCCCGACGGCAUGGUCGCCCUUCUUAACUUCCGCGAGGACGGAAUCACGCCCUACAUGCUUUUCUUCAAGGAUGGCCUGGAAAUUGAGAAAUGCUAACCUGGAAUCUCCGCCUCUUCAUCUUGAGAUACGACAACUUUUUGAUUCGUCUUUGAACUGCAGCUGUUACAACUUGAUGCCUGCGGAUGGAAAGCACAGCACCCUCCUACACCGGGCUGGGAUCCUCCAGGCGCCCUGUGCUGUGGACUUUGAAACCAGUCUUUGUGAACCAUUGAUAAAGAAUGAACGCGUCAUCAACUCGGCUUGUAUCUGAAAUCUGUAUAAUGCAAAUGAGUCUUGCCUUUAACCACCGCUGGUUUAUUCAAUAAAGGGUCCUUCAGUAAACAUCUUG